CGCGGCCAUACUGGCCCCAACGGACCCGGGAUCUGGGGCUGCGGCGCUGCGGCCUCGUGGGCAGACCGGAGCAUGGACAGCCUCUUCGUGGAGGAGGUGGCGGCCUCCCUGGUCAGGGAGUUCCUCAGCAGGAAGGGCUUAAAGAAGACGUGUGUGACCAUGGACCAGGAACGCCCACGCUCUGAUCUCAGCAUAAGCAGCAGAAGCCAUCUCCGGAAGGUUUUGCAUCUUGAAGUUCUCUACAAGGAGAACAGGGCAAAGGGAAAUCCUCUAAAAACAAACCUUGAACUCAUCACCAGAUAUUUUCUGGAUCACUUUGGAAAUACUGGUAACAAUUUUACUCAAGAAACACCAAUCCCUGCACUCUCAAUACCAAAGAAAAGUAACAAAUUACCAUUGAGAUGCUCAGAGACCACGCUGGUAAAUAUAUAUGACCUUGCAAGUGAAGAUGCGAGUUGGAGAACAUCAUUGUCAGAAACAAGCAAAGCCAGACACGACCAUCUUAACGGGGAUGUACUUGGUAAUUUUGCAUCAUCCAAAAGGGCCUCCCACAAAAGUAAGCCCUUGCAGACUGUCCCAGGUGAAAGCCCUCCUGUGGCUCCUGCUUGGGAGAAGACGGACAAGCUUCAGUCGUCAGAGCCUUCCUUGGACACGAAGAGGAUGGGAGAGAAGAUCAGGCCGAAGUCUGGCCUGAUUGUCCGAGGCAUGAUGGCCGGGCCCAUCGCCAGCUCCCCACAGGAUUCCCUCCGCAGACGCUCGCUGAGGCAGUCCCCGGCCUUGAGCAGCACGACCCAACCCCACGAGGAGGGGAGCCUACAAGCGCCCGAGCUGUCUGCUCACACCCCAGCCUGUCCCCUGCCUGUCCCGCAGGAGGGCCCGGCUUCCAGCACCUCCUCCACCCCCAGGAGCACCCUGGGCCUGCUCAGCCCCCUGACCUUGGAAAAGUGGAGAGCCUCGCCCAGCAGCCCUCCUCCCCUGCCAGGCAAAGGGCUUCCCCAGAGCGGGAGCGGCCGGUGGAGAGACCUUUCAGAGGACAGCCCAGCUGUGGACAGUGGCCUAGAGGCCGACAGGACCGCCUUGAAUUUCUCCUUAUCCAGUGGGAAUGCCCCGACGACCCAGGAGAGGCUGGAAAGAGUGUUCAAACGGCAGGGGAGCCAGCCCCCGGCCCUCAGUUCAGAUCGAUGCAUGCUGGAGGGAAAAAAGAUCCAAAGAGAGCUGAAACACAGGAGUAAUCAGUUGCCAGCAUCCAAUAAGGUCGACGGUGAGCUCGGUGUGCUGCAGCUUGAGGAUGUGGAGGAUGAACUGCUAAGGGAAGAAGUCAUCCUGUCUCCAGUGCCAUCGAUACUCAAGCUGCAAGUAGAGUCAAAGCCCAUCGACCUCUCAGUGGCAAAGGACAUAAAGACCAUUCUGUUUGGUUCCAGCUUUUGCUGUUUCAACGAAGAAUGGAAACUUCAGAAUUUUUCCUUUAACGACUCAGCAUCAUUAAAAUAUGGCAUCGUGCAGAACAAGGGUGGUCCCUGUGGGGUUCUGGCAGCUGUCCAAGGCUGUGUCCUACAGAAACUCCUGUUUGAAGGAGAUAGCGGAGCUGACUGUGCUCGGCAGCUGCAGCCUUCAAACGCUCGUAGGACCCGCUGCCUGGCCCUGGCCAUCGCGGACAUUGUGUGGCGGGCUGGAGGCCACAAGAGAGCCGUGGUCACACUGGCUUCGAGAACACAGCAGUUCAGUCCAACCGGGAAAUACAAAGCAGAUGGCGUCUUAGAAACACUCACACUCCACAGUUUGACCUGCUACGAGGAGCUGGUGACUUUUCUUCAACAGAGCGUCCAUCAGUUUGAAGCAGGCCCCUAUGGAUGUGUCCUGCUCACCCUGUCGGCCAUCCUGUCCAGGUCCACAGAGCUUGUCCGCCAGGACUUCGACGUCCCCACCAGCCACCUGAUUGGAGCACACGGAUACUGCACUCAGGAACUUGUCAAUCUGCUCCUGACCGGGAAAGCCGUGUCCAAUGUUUUCAACGACGUGGUUGAGCUCGAUUCCGGGAACGGGAACAUCACGCUCCUCAAAGGCAUCGCCGCACGCAGCGACAUCGGCUUCCUGUCCCUCUUUGAACACUACAGCGUGUGCCAGGUCGGUUGCUUCCUGAAGACCCCGAGGUUCCCCAUCUGGGUGGUGUGCAGUGAGAGCCACUUCAGCGUCCUGUUCAGCCUGCAGCUGGAGCUGCUGCAAGAUUGGAGGGCCGAGAGGCUCUUUGACCUGUACUACUACGACGGCCUGGCCACCCAGCAGGAGCAGAUCCGGCUGACUAUCGACACCACCCAGACCGUCCCUGAGGACAGAGACAAUGACCUCGUCCCUCCCCUGGAGCUGUGCAUCAGAACCAAGUGGAAGGGGGCAUCGGUGAACUGGAACGGCUCAGACCCCAUCCUGUGACCCUCCAUGUGGGUGAGCCCCAUGGCUCCAGCGCACAUCACUGGGGGUGACGGCUGAGCCCUGGGCCUCAGGGACAAGUCUGGGCCAGCACCUGGGCCAGCACUGCUGCAGAAUCGUCCGGAACCUCCCUGCCUCUUCCAUGAAGGGCCUGCCCAGGACUGUGCUGUGGACCCAGAGUGCUGCUGUGCAGCCCCUCCCAGCUGAGCGGUGACUGCCAAGGCCUGGAAGGAGGCUGGUGGGGCCUCUGCUGCCUUUUCUCUGCAUCCCUCCCUCGCUCCCUGCGGGGCCGGCCCCUCGCCAAGCCUCUGAUAUGGUCGGCCCGGGACCCUGGGCACUCGUUAUUUCUGAUGGUUGGCUUUCUAUAAAACAGGAGUCAAACCCA